AUGGCCGCCUUCCCAGGACUCGGAGAGAAAAAGAUCAUGCCUGGCACAUAUGAGCCUACGGACUUUGAGGAUCUCGAAUCCAACCCCUUCGAGCUCCUGACGCAGUUUCAGGAUGAGUGGAGGAACAGAGAGCGGCCGGAUGCAUGGUCGACCAAGAAUUUAACUGCCCUGGAUCUCACUGACGUGGACUGGCAAGCCUAUAAUCCACCUGCUUCUGUUUUCAACUUAUCAGGUAUUGACUCUCAGUUGCUGGCCAAAAUAAUCCAUACUUCAGUUGAAAAUGUCAACGCCAGGUCCGCGCACGAAAGGGGGCAGAGGCUGGAAAUCGAGGAGCUACGCGCUGCAGCUGAAAAGCAGGCGGCGCAGAAGCCAAAGGAGAUUGAAUACCUCCCCAUUAUCAUCCCACCAGAACGUCCAGAACCUUCCGAUGUAGAUUCAAUCGCUGGUUCAGAAAAUGCAUCCAUUGCCCGGAUGCAAGCUAUAAAUGCACUGAAUGACGGUGGGAGGCGGCCUUCACAAGCCUCGUCAAUGACCGACCCCUCCAGCAAGUCCAUCAAAGGUCGCAAGGGACGUUUCAGAAAGCUACUCGAUCGUGUUGGCGACUUUGGCGAAACGGGUUCCUCAGGUAGACUUGGCUUGCUCCCACCACUCCCUCCUUCGGACCUCGUUGGAGAGAAUGCUCUGCCAUUCCCCAAUAGCCUACAGUCAGGAUCCCGACAGGGACAUAGAGGCUCUACGAUCCAGGAACUCGGUGCCACAAUCAGAGCCAAUAUCGAAAUGUUACAAUCCAGAUCAACUUCGAUCUAUGAGUUGAGCUCGGUAAUCCCGGUCCAGGAAUUGCCUGGAAGCACCGUAAUGCCAAGAUCGAAAUCGGUCAAACACCCUCCCCCACCACCGGCAAUGGUGGAAUGCGUUUCGUGCUUAGAAGAGUUCCCUCCUGGCAACGUGGUCAAGGUUCCGUGCCACAGCUACUGCCACGAGUGUUUUGCUGGAUUGAUCUCUGCUGCGUGCCGAAAUGAACAGCAAUGGCCGCCCAAAUGUUGUCUGAAUGAGAUCCCCUUCCGCACUAUCCUGCGGUACGUUCCCAAAGACUUGAAGCAAAGGUUUCAGGAUCGAUCUUCAGAGUGGAAUGUCCCUGUCAAUGAGCGCAUCUACUGCAGCACCCCUGACUGCAGCCUGUGGAUAAGCCCAGAGAAUAUCCGCAAGAAUGCAAACAAGGCACGUUGCGAGCGCGGCCAUUGGACUUGUACGAUAUGCCGAGGACCUCAGCAUGACCGGGGAGAAUGCCCCCAAGAUCGAGACAUGAAUCUGACUAACCAGCUUGCUGAGGAAGAAGGAUGGAAGCGAUGCUACAACUGCCAAGCCUUGGUAGAGCAUAAGGAGGCCUGUCAGCACAUGACUUGUAGGUGCGGAAGCCAGUUCUGUUAUGUGUGUGGCUUGCGAUGGAAGACCUGUGGCUGCACGAUGGAGCAACUAAAACAAGUCAAGGACGCUGCUGCAGCCCGUAAGGAGGAGCGUCAACGUAAGGAGGCGCAAGAGUCAGAGGAGCUGCGACAGAUGCUUGCCGAGAUCGCGGAGUUUGAACGCCAAGAGGCUCUCAAGGCCGAGAUGGAAAGGCAAGAGAAUAUUAGGCUGGAGGAGCUUCGCCAGCAGCAGGAGCUUUUAGAACGGGUCCGAUUGGAGUGUAUUCGAAGACUGGAAAUUGAGGCCAAGUUCCUUGAGCUGCGAGUGGCGCUCGACCGGCUCCAUGACCGGCAGGUGAUCCUGCUCGCCGAGGAACAGGUCGAGGCAGAAGCAAAACUAGCGGAAGACUAUGAAGCUGCUAAAGUGCGGCUCGAGCAGAAACAAGUCGAAGACCGCGGCCAGCUCGAAAUCAGCAUCCAGACGAGAAUUUCCGGCAAGGACGAAGCAUUCGGUCAGGAAUUCAGCGUAAGAUCUGCCCUGGAAACGAAGAUUUUAGAAGAGUUCCAUGUACAGCUACUGGAGUACUGGAAGAUCCGACCUAAUGGGGAGGGAGAGAUUGAGAAAGCCAUGGCGCUGCUACGCAAAACCAUGGAACAAUACUACCAGGCGUGGAAGGAGUGGCGAGACCGACAGCAAGCUGCAUACAGUGAACAGCUGGAGGAAGAGCGCAUUAUCAUGGGCGAGCUUGUGACCAGCGGCAAUGAACGCCUCAAGGAGAAGCACGAAGAGAGCGUCAGAGACAUGGGCCGACGGAAAAUUGCUGAGAAGAAGUGGCUGCGCACAAUCGCAGCAGAACGGGAGAAGCUGUUGGCCGAGGCGGAGGAACAAGAAAUGGAAGGCGAGGCCGACACCAUGUUCAGCUCGGAGAGCAGGAAGAGGGCUUUGGCCAACGGGGAAAGACCAGCCACGGCCGGACCUGCCCCCAAAGAGCCUCUCAUAGUCCAGCCCAUGACUGUCCGAUCAGCUCUUACAGCAAGUUCUCCGGUAUCGCCGCGCACUCACAUUGGACAGGCACUGUGA